AUGGCGUCACUGGUGGCAACAUGUUUGGGGCGGCCGGAAAGCACAGCUUCGGAGAUGGAGUCGUCCUUCGAGUCCAGCUUCUCGGCCAGCCUUGCGGUGUCAGCGGCCUCCGGAUGUCUGCCACCGGCCGCCUCGCGCAUCUUCAAGACAAUCCUGAGCGAUUCCGAUGCAGGCAAGACGUGCCUGACCUACCGCUUCUGUGCUGGCUGCUUCCUCAACCGCACUGAGGUCACUACUGGGGUGGAUUUCAGAGAUGAGCAAGUGGAAAUCGACGGGGAACGCGUCAAGCUCCGGUUAUGCGACACAGCAGGACGGAGGUUCAGAAAGAGCGUGGCACAGGGCUACUGCUACAGAAUCGUACCUGCUGUGGUCUUUGUGUACAACAUGACCAACAUGGCCAGUUUUCGCAGCCAGCCAUCUUGGAUAGAGGAAUGCAAACAGCAUUUGCCGGCCAAAAUUCUCGUUGGAAACACAUGUGACUUGAGAAGUGCCCACAGGGCCCGGCGCGGUGGCGCGGGGCUGGGCCAGCACGGGAGCGAGCGGGGCCGCGCGGCGCGCCAGGCGGGCGAACCCCGGUGCCCGGCGCGGCGGGCGUUGGUUCCAGGCUCCUCGGCGGCGGCCCUCUCAGCCUCGGCGCGGCGCUCACUUGCUCCGGACCCUCCGCGCCGAGCCGACCGGAGUGCAGGCGGCGGCGACGGCGGCCCCGGAGGCGGCCUCGGCGGAGGCGGCCCCGCAGCGCGCAGGCGCGGCCGGAUUCCGGGCAGUGACGCGGCGACGGGCGCGCGCGGCGCAUUUCCGCCUCUGGCGAAUGGCUCGUCUGUAGCGCGCGCGCCGCGGGCCCAGCUGCGACCCCGGCCCCGCCCCCGGGACCCCGGGACCCCGGCCAUGGAAGAGCUGUUUCCCAUCAUCUUCUCUUCAGAGCCAGCCCAGGCCUCCGGCCCCUAUGUGGAGAUCAUCGAACAGCCCAAGCAGCGCGGGAUGCGCUUCCGCUACAAGUGUGAGGGCCGUUCAGCGGGCAGCAUCCCCGGCGAGAGGAGCACGGACACUACCAAGACUCACCCCACCAUCAAGAUCAAUGGCUACACAGGGCCAGGGACAGUUCGCAUCUCCCUGGUGACCAAGGACCCCCCUCACCGGCCUCACCCCCAUGAGCUGGUGGGGAAGGACUGCCGCGAUGGCUUCUAUGAGGCUGAGCUGUGUCCUGACCGCUGCAUCCACAGCUUUCAGAACCUGGGGAUCCAGUGUGUAAAAAAACGCGACCUGGAACAGGCCAUCAACCAGCGCAUCCAGACCAACAACAACCCCUUCCAAGUCCCCAUAGAGGAGCAGCGUGGGGACUACGACCUGAACGCCGUGAGGCUCUGCUUCCAGGUCACAGUACGCGACCCCUCAGGCAGGCCCCUCCGCCUGCCGCCCGUCCUCUCACAUCCCAUCUUUGACAACCGCGCCCCCAACACUGCUGAGCUCAAGAUCUGCCGAGUGAACCGCAACUCCGGGAGCUGCCUGGGUGGGGAUGAGAUCUUCCUGCUGUGCGACAAGGUGCAGAAAGAGGACAUUGAGGUGUACUUCACGGGGCCAGGCUGGGAGGCCCGAGGCUCCUUCUCGCAAGCUGACGUGCACCGGCAGGUGGCCAUCGUGUUCCGGACCCCUCCGUACGCGGACCCCAGCCUGCAGGCACCAGUGCGCGUCUCCAUGCAGCUGCGGCGGCCUUCCGACCGGGAGGUCAGCGAGCCCAUGGAGUUCCAAUACCUUCCCGACACAGAUGACCGUCACCGCAUUGAGGAGAAACGCAAAAGAACAUAUGAGACCUUCAAGAGCAUCAUGAAGAAAAGCCCUUUCAAUGGGCCCACCGACCCACGACCUGCUCCCCGGCGCAUUGCUGUGCCUGCUCGCAGCUCGCCUUCCGUUCCCAAGCCUGCCCCCCAGCCCUAUCCCUUUAUGUCACCCCUCAGCACCAUCAACUUUGAGGAAUUCUCCCCCAUGGCAUUUCCUCCGGGGCCAAUCCCGAGCCAGGCCCCGGCCUUGGCACCAGCUCCUGUGUCUGCGUCUGCCACAGCCAUGGCUUCAGCUCUGGCCCCAACCCCUGCCCCAGCCCCAGCUCCUGCCCCCGCCCCCGUCUUGGUCCUAGCCCCCGGCCCUCCGCCAGCAGCAGCCCCGCCUGCCCCCAGGAGCACCCAGGCCGGGGAAGGCACCUUGUCUGAGGCCCUGCUGCACCUGCAGUUUGAUGCUGAUGAAGACCUGGGGGCCCUGCUGGGCAACAGCACAGACUCAGGAGGGCUCACAGACCUGGCGUCCGUCGACAACUCGGAGUUUCAGCAGCUGCUGAGCCAGGGCGUGCCAAUGGCCUCGCAUGUGGCCGAGCCCAUGCUCAUGGAGUACCCAGAGGCCAUCACACGCCUGGUGACCGGGUCCCAGAGACCACCCGACCCAGCGCCUGCACCCCUGGGGGCCUCGGGGCUCUCCAAUGGCCUCCUGGCGGGGGACGAAGACUUCUCCUCCAUCGCUGCUGACAUGGACUUCUCGGCUUUUCUGAGUCAGAUCAGCUCCUAAGGCAGGUGGGGGAAUGCCCUCCCCAGGGCACUGGCUUGCCAGGGUUUCAAGCCCUCCCAGAGCGUCUAUGGGCCUGGGGGGGUACUCGACUGCCCUGAUGUCUUCCUGGGGAGGGGUACAUUUAUUCUCUUUCUGGCAGUUUCUCUCCUUGGAGGUGCUUAGGCGGAAGCAUUAACUUCUCUAGCCAGGAUGGAGUCGUCUGUCCCCUGACCUGCCAGUCAGCUCCCUUCUGUCUGCAGGGAACUAGGGGGUGGGGGACCUGGCCCCACCCUAUAGCUUCUAGUACUCUCCUAGAGAGAAGGGCAGGCUGGAGCUAGGGCCUUGCAGGCCACAAAGCCUUAUUACCACGUGUCUUCCUCACCUCGUGGAUUCCUCGAUGCCUUGAUACCAAAUGAUACCCGUGGCCAGCGCCUCCGUGGGCAUCCACGUUGCCCUCAUGCUCAACACCAGCGUCAGGAGCUGUCCUGCAGAGCUCGCCGCCAGAGCUCGUGGGGGACAGUGCCAGCCUUCCCCAGGACCCAGACCUCCUGCCCCCAUUCCGGGAGGGCAGUGGGCAAGCUGGCAGCCGUCCAGCCCAGAGGCAGUUUUUAUAGAAGAAAAAGCAGUUGGACUCUUGCUCCUUCUACUCUGAACUAAUAAAUUUGUUGCCAAGCUAA